AUGUUACCUUGGUUGAACAAGCAUCCUUUAAUUUCAGAUAAUUUAGUUGUCGCUAGAAGAAGGUUAGAUACUACUUUAAAUAAGUUGAAAAAUUCCAAUUUGUUUGAAUCGUAUAAUUUAAUAUUCAAUGAGUGGUUGAACGAGGGUGUGAUCGAAAUAGUAAAUAAUCCCGAAGAGAAUAAUUGUGUGCACUAUUUGCCUCACAGGCCCGUUAUUAAAAAUACUAGCGAAACCAAGAAAAUUAGGCCAGUCUUUGAUGCAUCAUCUCAUGAACAGAGUCGUCCUUCUUUGAACCAGUCUUUAGAGGUAGGGCCUAAUCUUAUUGAACUUAGUCCUUCUGUGUUAUUACGGUUCAGACAACAAAAAAUAGGUGUUGUGCCGGAUAUUCGAAAGGCUUUUCUUCGAACUUCUGUACAUUCGAAGGACAGAGAUUUUUUGAAGUUCCUAUGGGUAAACAAUGAAGGAAAAUAA